UGAUGUAUCGAACAAUUAUCUAUUUGGAACAUACCAGUCGAUGGCCUACUCGUUACUUUUCCAAUGGAGAGGUCUUUUGGUAUAUGCGAGGGGCGAAAAAAACCGAGGCCUCUUGCUUUCAAGGAUAGAAAGAGAGAAUCCAUUGACGUGUCCAGGAGAGGAAGAGACCCUUUACUCAAAUAAGCCUAAAAAG